AUGGCCGAAGCGAUUCACGAUAUCUUGAAAGAAAAACCGUACCAUCUAGUUGGCCAUGAUGUGGGCGGAUGGAUUGCUUAUCCUUGGGCCGCUCAAUUUCAAUCGAGAAUCAAAUCGCUCAGUAUCCUGGACGCAGCAGUGCCGGGUUUCAUGCCCCAGCUUCAGUUUCCGUUGCCUCAUCAGACCAACAUGCGUCUUUGGCAAUUCUCAUUCAACGCGCUUCCUGAAUUACCUGAAAUUCUGACUCGCGGUCGUGAGCGGGAGCUACUGACCUGGUUCUUUAAUUUGAAGACGGUUCAUACAGAUGGUCUACCCAAAGAUCAUUUUGAACGUUAUAUCCAAGCCUAUUCAAGACCAGGAGCGAUGAGUCGGGGGUUCGAGUAUUAUCGAGCUUAUGGAACAAGUGCGAAACAGAAUCUGGAAUAUGCAAAGACACCACUCGAUAUUCCUGUCUUAGCUUUAGGUGGGGCUAGCUCUGUCGGUUCGGAUAUAAUUCAUUUGGUCCAAAACUUCGCGACCAACGUUUCCGGGGGCGCUAUUCAUGAUUGUGGGCACUUUCUCCCCGAAGAGCAACCAUAUGCUGUCGCGCACAGACUGCUGGAGUUUUUGGAGGCAAACCGAACAGAGUGA